AUGGCUUCCGCGACUACCUUUUACGACUUUAAACCCCUAAACAACCGCAGUCAGGAGGUCCCCCUAUCCGACUACAAGGGCAAGGUAGUCCUCAUCGUCAACACUGCCUCCAAAUGCGGCUUCACCCCGCAGUACGCCGGCCUCGAGUCCCUCUACAAGUCGAUCCGCGAGAAGCACGGCGACGACUUCCAGGUCCUCGGCUUCCCCUGCAACCAGUUCGGCGCUCAGGAGCCCGGGUCGGACGAGGAGAUCCAGCAGUUCUGCCAGCUCAACUACGGCGUCUCCUUCCCCAUCAUGCACAAGGUCGACGUCAACGGCGACGCCGCCCACCCGCUCUUCGAAUGGCUCAAGGAGGAGAAGCCCGGCAUCAUGGGCCUCCGCCGCGUCAAGUGGAACUUUGAAAAGUUCCUCGUCGCCCGCGACGGCAAGGUCAAGGGCCGGUGGGCCAGUACCACGAAGCCGGAGAGCCUGGAGGGGGCUAUCCUGGCCGAGCUUGCUGCCAAGGCUGCUUGA